AUGGGAUACUUUAUGCUAUGUGAAAGGUAUCAUGUUUCGUUCAAAAUGAUCUUGAAAGAUCAGAACCUAAACGUUUUUUUAGGUUGCGAGGUAAUGGGUCUGUCCACAAUAAUUAACAUGCUAUACUAUCUCCGGCCUCGAUGGUAUAUAGCCACUUAUGUGCUUUGGUGGAUAAACGUCACCCUAAGCUUGCUGGCGGGAUGGGGAAUUACUUUCAUUAUGAUUGGCUACAAUAAGUUCAGUAUGAAAGAGGCGAAUGCCACCAUACUUCUACCAUGUGUGACCAUGACUGUUGUUUCCUCGACGGGGUCCUUAAUUUCUCAGUCGAUGAUGAACCGGCCAGGUUUCCAACUUUCUCAAGAUAUCAUUACGUUCCUUCUUUGGUCGAAUGCUGUUAUUUUAGCCACCGUUUUAAUAUGCUUUUAUUUCAAUAAGCUAUUAUUGCAUGGUCUUCCUGCAAAAGAGGUUAUUUACACCUGCUUUAUUCCCAUCGGUAUAUUGGGUCAAGGAGGUUGGGCUAUUCAGCUUAAUUACAAAAAUCUUGGUAAUCUUAUUGUGAACGGUUCGGGCUUAAAGUUGCUCAAUUUGGAUGUCGGAUUCUCUGAGGAAUAUCUACAAACGAUUAGUGCUACAUUAAACAUUUUGGGUAUCUGUGUCGCAUUGUUCUUGGCAGCCUUUGGCGUUUGCCUUACUGCAUUAUCGUUUCUGGCCGUUGUUUAUUGCGGCAGGCCACCUGUUUGGAUUCGAACCAUGUGGGCCAGUACUUUUCCCCUAGGAACAAUGGCUCUUUCAUUCAACGAAAUGUAUUUAACCACAAAGCUCACCGGUUUUCAGGUAAUUAGUACCAUCUAUUCUGUGAUGUUAAUACUUAUCACCACCUACUGCAUUAUCGGUACGGUGCUGUUCGAUGUGCCUUACAAAGAUAUAUGCAACAUUAUUCGAAGCUCAAAGAAAGAAUAG